UUAUAGCGUCUGUGGGCUGUACGGGCAUAACUUGGGUAGACCAGCUGAGCUCCUCUGAAUUUUUUACUCCUGCUUUAUUCGGUUCUGUGGUGUGCCGACAGACAAGUAGCAGCACGUUAGGCUAUACUUAGUGCUAUUUUGGUUCGUUUUUGGUCCUUUUUUUUAUUCUUCAGACUUUAAUCUUAUUCACCGUUUCUUUUCGAGGAUAGAAUUUCUCUUCCUACAGCAAUCAUUUCCACCACCCUUUUAUUUUCUCUUCUGGGUUCUGACACGGUAUGUUCAUUUUUCGAACAGGCAAAGGUGGAAAGCUAAAUUAGUGCUUGUUUUAAAUUAAAUUCAUAUAACAGACCGCUGUGGAGGCGUGAGCGUCAAGUAAUAAUAAUAAUAUUUUUAAAUAUUACACUCGUGCAAGCAUUUGACUACGUGGGUGAGUCAGAAAGCGACGAGACUGUGUAAGCUGUUGGAUCGAUAAACGCCACAACAUCAACAUCGGCGGGAGUCAUACCAGGUCGUGUGUGGUGAGUGUGAGCAGAGGAGAUGGCCAGGUGUCUUGUGAGUGUUUUGACAGUGCUGGCUGUGGUGACGUCACUGAGCCAGGGCCAGAUCUGUCCCGCCGUGGACGCCUGUCUGCAGACCUUCACAAGUGUCAUGAGGAAUGUGGGCCACGACCGUGACAUGUACUGCAGAUGCAGCAGGCAUAAUCUCUCCGUCACUGUGGACACUGGCCUUACUGAUCUGCUGCACCGCCGUAUACCACCAUUAUUCUUGAUGACGUGGAUUCUUGCACAAUACUCAGACCACUACUUUGGUGAACUGUGUGACCAAGUAUGCUAAAGGUUUUGGUCUUAUAUCACAGAAGAUUUUGAACCUCGUGAAUUGAACAUGAGGGAGAGGCAGGGGAGAAAUAGUGUGUGUGUGUGUGUGUGUGUGUGUGU